AUGAGCUCUUAUUUUGUCAACUCACUGUUCUCCAAAUACAAAACCGGGGACUCUCUGCGCCCCAACUACUAUGACUGUGGCUUUGCUCAGGAUCUUGGAGGUAGACCCACAGUUGUGUAUGGACCCAGCACUGGUGGUACCUUCCAGCAUCCGACCCAAAUUCAGGAGUUUUACCACGGAGCAUCCUCUCUCUCCAGCUCCCCUUACCAACAGAAUCCCUGCGCUGUAGCGUGCCAUGGGGACCCAAGCAACUUCUAUGGAUACGACCCAUUGCAAAGACAAAGCCUGUUCGGUGCACAGGAAUCGGACCUGGUGCAGUACACGGAUUGCAAGCUAGCUUCCAGCGGCCUGGGGGAAGAGGCGGAGAAUUCAGAACAGAGCCCUUCUCCUACGCAGCUUUUCCCUUGGAUGCGACCGCAAGCAGCCGCUGGACGCAGAAGGGGGCGGCAGACCUACAGCCGUUACCAAACCCUGGAGCUGGAGAAGGAAUUUCUCUUUAAUCCCUACCUGACCCGCAAGCGGAGGAUCGAGGUGUCGCACGCCCUGGGACUGACAGAAAGGCAGGUCAAAAUCUGGUUCCAGAACAGAAGGAUGAAAUGGAAAAAGGAAAACAACAAAGACAAGUUUCCCAGCAGCAAAUGCGAGCAGGAAGAACUGGAAAAACAGAAAAUGGAAAGAGCCCAGGAGGUGGACGAGGAAGGGGACGGACAGAAGGGGGACAAGAAAUAA